UUUACAUUUGUAUUCAUUGCUGACGUAUUACUUCCUCGGGUGAACACCGAACAGCCGAACAUCUGGUCGGAAAAAAGACGCUGGCAGCAUGAAGAACCAUUAAAAAGGAUUUUUAGCAGUCUAAAAGGCAGAACUCAGACUCAGCCAUCGUUCUAUGAUGCCUCCAUCAGAAAUGUGACAACGCAAGUUGGGCAGACCGUGUUCAUGCAUUGUUUUUUCGAAGCAUUUGGAGACAAAACGGUUUCUUGGGUUCGUCUUCAGGACUUUCACGUUCUAACAGUUGGUAAAUACACUUACACCACCGAUGAGCGAUUCAAGGCUUUCCACACUGAAUACUCAAACGAAUGGACGCUAAAGAUUGAGCUCGUCCAGGAAAGUGAUGGAGGAUUCUACGAAUGUCAGCUUACUUCCAAUCCUCCAGUGUGCCAGGUUCUCUAUCUUCACGUUUUAGUUCCCCAAACCGACAUCCAUGGCGGAAGUGACCUCUUUGUUGACCCCGGAAGUCCAAUAAACUUAACAUGCGUGAUCAGUGACAGUCCUGAGCUCCCUUCUUUCAUUUUUUGGUACCACAACAAUCGUAUGAUUAACUACGACCUACCAAGAGGACAUAUCUUUGUCCAGAAAAUCCGUCAGGAUACAGCUAUUAGCAAGCUUUAUAUUGAAGAUGCAAGACCUGGAGAUUCCGGAAACUAUACCUGUGACCCUUCUAAUACUGAGCCUUCUAGCGUGCUUGUUCACGUAGUGAAGGGAGAGAAGCAAGCCUCUGUGCAAAACGAUGGCAGACCACGAAACGCUUCAGCAGUCGGCACAAAAGGAUCGUAUGUACCGCUCCACUUACUAUACUUCUGUCUGCAACAACUUUAUCAGCACUGGUGGAGAUGACAAGAAGAAAGACUGAAUACUUGGAGGAGUUGUGGCUUGUCCAUGUUUCUUUCACAGUUUGUAUCAUUUGUUCAAGACUUUCCAACUUGAAAUAGUUUCCACGUUAACGGGUAAUUCUGGAGUCUAUGAUGAAGUGCUCGAAAGGAACGCCCACUUUUAGACCAGAUUUUGAUCAUUUUUGCCAAGGGCGCCCGCAGGAAGGGGCAAGUUGGGUCACUUGACCCCACCCCCACCCUGGAUUUUCAAAAAGAAAAAAAUUACUAGAUAUGUAAAAUUAUUCUUCUAUGUUAUUGGAAAAUCAUAAA